AUGGGAAAGGCAAAGCAGACGCGCAAGUUUGCCGCUGUCAAGCGGAUGAUCAAGCCCAGCGACCCUCGCUUGAAGGACAACAUUGAGAAGGCUGCCAAGAAGGCCCAGAAGGAGAAGAUCGCCGAGGAGAAGAAGACUGCUGCACAGACCCAGGUGUCUUCAUCUCUCUUCCUGUCGCACAACACCGAUCUUGGCCCUCCCUACCGCGUGCUUGUCGACACCAACUUUAUCAACUUUAGCAUUCAGAACAAGAUUGAGCUUGUGCAGGGCAUGAUGGACUGCCUGAUGGCCAAGUGCAUUCCCACCAUCACCGACUGCGUCAUGGCCGAGUUGGAGAAGCUUGGCCCCAAGUACCGUCUUGCAUUGAAGAUUGCAAAGGACCCCCGCUUCGACCGCCUGAAAUGCGACCACUCGGGAACAUACGCGGACGACUGCCUCGUGCAGCGUGUGAGCCAGGCCCGUUGCUACGUUGUGGCCACUUGUGAUCGCGACCUCCGCCGCAGGAUAAGGAAGGUGCCCGGUGUGCCGCUCAUGUACGUCGUCAAGCACCGCUACCAGAUUGAGCGUCUGCCCGAUGGUGGUGCGGCGUUCGUGUAA